AUGUCGCAAGUGUCGUUUCAAUAAGUCAUGGCGGAAUUUUUUCUCAUAUUUUGAGAAUUUUCUGAUUUUUGUGGGUAGAUUUAUUAAUUAAGGCGUCGAAAAAUAUAUUUCAACUAGGUUGUGUAGGUAAGAGAGAAGCGACUAGAACAUUACUGUGACUACAACCUGAUUCUUAACAGACCGCCAUCGACGUACAAGGGAAUAAGCCUGACUGGGUCGUCUCAGAUUUCGGUGGUUUAAUAAAUAAGUGUAAAUUAUACAAUUUCGACGUCGCAUCUUCAUAAUUCAUACUGUGUUUAUUAUGACGCAAUAGGUGCCCACAAUUUAAUGCGUCAUUACAAUUAGUGAUUUGAAAAGAUAUCGUGGCAAUAUGAGUGAAGGUGAGUCAGUGAUCUGCCAUGGGAAAAAUGGGUUUAGUGCUCCACGCGUCGGUCAGGGACAGAAUAUAGACCGACAAUGUCAUAAUCACCAACACUUUCUGGCACAAAUGGUUGGGGUGGCUAAUCGCGGAGGAGGAUCGCCGCGGCAGGGCCAGAGGCGAUGGCAGGACAGGGACAAACAACAUCAAAAAGAUAUGAAUUCCCCAUUUGGAUAUGAAUCUGAUGACUCAAGUUUAUCUAGCAAUGCAUCCGGAUCAAAUGGAUCUAAUAAAUCAAGUGAAAAUGAUGGUAAACGGAGUUCAAGCAGUUCUGGUUCAAAUACUGUGACUCGUGAAUGGCGUUCCAGGAACCGUCGUGAUCACCGGCCAAGAAGGUUAACAAUAGACAGAUUUAACUCUUCAUUCUAUCCGUUUGAAGUAAAGUUUGCACCUGAUGACUUGCUAAAUGGUUCCCAGUGGGAUACCCUAUCUCAGGAGAUAUGGGAUAAGUUUAUAAAGUCUCAGCAAACAGAGGCCACCUUCCACAAUAAGAUGCAAUUGUGGAGAUAUCUCUAUGGAACUGUUAGGACAAUAUUCCCACGCUACGGAUUAUAUGUCGUGGGGUCUACGAUGACGGGCUUCGGUCUAGAGUCGUCGGACAUGGAUCUGUGUCUGUAUGUGCGUUCGAUGGGUCACGUGGAGCCGCGUGCACAUGCUCUUCUGCACUUGGAUUAUAUUUUAUCCUUCAUCCGGGCAUUUGAUCCGGACGCGGAACUGAUUCAAGCCAAGGUGCCCAUCCUGAAGUUCCGCGAUGCCUACUCCGGGGUGCAAGUGGACCUCAAUUGCAACAACGUGGUCGGCAUUCGGAAUACCAACAUGCUCUACGCUUUCUCCAUCGGCGACUGGCGCGUGCGCCCUCUGGUGGCGGUGGCCAAACUGUGGGCGCGUGCGCAUCGCAUCAAUGACGCGAGACGACGCACUUUGUCUUCGUACGCCCUCACCCUCAUGGUCAUCCACUUUUUGCAGUGCGGCACGAACCCGUGGAUUCUCCCUCGCGUUCCGGAAGUGUGCGAAAAGCCCCCGAGGUCCCAGAAUAGGCUCACUCUGGGGGAACUGUUCCUGCAAUUUCUCAAGUACUACGCAGAUUUCCCCUACGACCAGAUGGCGGUGUCGGUCCGCGCCGGAAGACGCAUCCCCAUCGCGGAGUGCCGCUACUCGCAUCUCGACCCUCACCAGUGGAAGCACAUCUGUGUCGAAGAGCCCUUCGACCUGACGAACACGGCUAGGUCGGUGUACGACCCGGAGACGUUCGAGAAGAUCGUGAAGGCCUUCCGCGACAGCCAUCGACGGCUGGCGCCCCGCCCCCGCCUGGCCGAGGCCUGGCCCCAGGCCCGAUGAGGCCGGCUCGGCCCCGAGGCCGUCGAGGCCCGAAGGCCGUUCGAGAACGUAGGCUGUGAUACGCGACCGAUCCCGUAGAGCGGGGCGACGGGGCGGGGCCUCCGCGGACAUAUGUUACUCGCGCGGCGCCGCGUCCGGAUCGCCUCGCGGUUGCGACUCGGCCUCCGGUCGCGCCUUGAUUGCGUCCCGUUAAUUUUUUAAUAUUUAUAUUUAUUUGUAAGUUAUUUAAUGUAAAUAAUAAGAAUGAAAGAGAUAUUGAAAUGUUUUAACGUUGUCUAUGUUUUAUGUGAAUAGUAUUUUUUUUGAUGUAAACGAGAAAUGACAAAAAUAUAGAGUCGUCGCUCGGCGCGAGCGCACGCUUCGACAUUCCUUCGGGCGCGGACUCGUCCGUCCGUCCGUCUGUGAUAUUCGCCGCAAUAAUAUUCUGGUGCUAAAUUUUGAAUGUUUUACGCCCCGGAGAUGAAACGCGAACGAGGCAGGUCUUUGAAACGAUAAGGAUUGUGUGAGAAUGGUUAUCUCCGUGUGUAGGAUGUUGAUUGUCAGAUUGUUGAUGUCGUCACGGCCAUGUCGCACGACCACGGGACCUUUUGUGAAACGAUAGAAAUAUAUUUUUAAAAGUGAUGAGUUUCCGCAUUCGCGCCCGGCAAUUCGUUCGAUCGUUAAGUUUUAUAUUCGUUUUACCUCGAGGGACGUCUCCCUCGCAUCGAAGUACAAUAAAUAAUUUAAAGAGUUUAUCCGUAAGUAAACUUUGAUAAUUAUGAAAAUGAGAGAAUGCUCAAUCUCGAAAACUGAUUAUAAAAAAUAAAAAUACCUAAAACAAUAAAAAACAAAAAUAAAAAAUUUAAAAAAAAAUCUUUAAAAUAUUUGCAAAAAUAAAAAAAAAAUAAAAAAUGAAAAUUGAUAUAAAAAGGAUUCUUCCUAAUCAGGGUAUUGCACGCUUAAGACGACGGCGAUACACCGCCAUAUCGGGCCCCAGCGGCGUCGGGACGCGUUGAUCUUCUCCCGUGAAAUCGUAUGGAGUCGUUUCGAUAAGGCUCUGGUAGUCUUCCUUAGAGUA